AUGUCUUUUACAUCUUUGGCAGAAACUGAACCGUUUACUCCGACUUUUGUUCCAAAGACUCAACUGUCUGACCAUGAAUCCCCAAUUGAACUCGCAAAUUUAGAGAAGGCGGAUUCUGAUGCUGCGGGUAGAAGAAAGCGUUCAACAUGCAGUAAGGUUGAAGAUGAGAUUUUAGCGAGAUCGUUUGUUACUAUCAGUGAUGAUCCAAUCAUCGGCAAUGAUCAGAAGGUGGAUGCUUUUUGGAACGUAUUUGAUGAGGACAUAUUGUGGCUUACGUAUGAAAAAUAUCGCAAGGAAAAUAACGACAUUACAUUUAAUCUCGAGCAUAUGGAUGAUGCUGCGAGAAGAAAAGGCUUGUCACCACUACAAAAAUGCACGGCUGUGAUUCGCCAAUUGUCUUAUGGAGUCCUAGCCAACCAUCUUGAUGAGUACCUACACACGGGUGAAACAACUGCCAUCAAGUGUCUGUUCAAGUUUUGCGGUUAUGUGGUUGAACUAUUUGGUGAUCGAUACUUGAGAAGGUCGAAUGCUGAUAAUGUUCAACGUCUUCUUCAAAUGCAUAAUGAGAGGCACAACUUACCUGGAAUGUUGGGCUGCCUUGAUUGCAUGCAUUGGGAAUGA